CAGACCCAACCACGGAUGGCGGAGGUGCGGGACGGACGCGCUCUCGGUGGCGCGAUGGAGGCUGACGGGCCCGCGAGCCCCCAGGAGCUGCCGCCCUCGCCGCCACCACCGCCGUCGCCGCCGCCACCUCUGCCCUUGCCGACGUCUCCCGCGGCCCCGGAGACCCCCGAGCGCCCCCAGCCCGAGCCGUCCGAGGCCUGCGCCCGGCAACUGCUGCUGGAGGAGUGGGGGCCGCUGGGCGGGGGCCUGGAGCUGCCCCCGAGCCUCACCUGGAAGGUGCUCCUCCUGCGGCGGCCGCUCUACCGCAACCUGCUGCGCUCGCCCAACCCCGAAGGCAUCAACAUUUACGAGCCAGCGCCCCCUACUGGUCCCACGCGGCAACCCCUGGAGACUCUGGGCAAUUUCCGAGGAUGGCACAUUAAAACUGAAACACUCCACAAGGACCUAAGCUGGACGGUGAAGCAGCAGUGCGUGGACCUUCUGGCCGAGGGCCUGUGGGAGGAGCUGCUUGACGACGAGCAGCCGGACAUCACGGUCAUGGACUGGUUCGAGGACAGCCGGCUUGACGCCUGCGUCUAUGAGCUGCACGUGUGGCUGCUGGCAGCGGACCGCCGCACGGUCGUGGCGCAGCACCACGUGGCACCGCGGACCUCCGGGAGAGGCCGCCCUGGCUGCUGGGUGCAGGUGUCCCACGUGUUCCGCCAUUACGGCUCUGGAGUGCGCUUCGUCCACUUCCUGCACAAGACCAAGAACCGCACGGUGCCCGGCGGCCUGCGGAGGACAAGGGUGACCGACUCCUCCGUGUCCGUGCAGCUCAGGGAGUGA